GGAUCGAUUACAUACGCGGUCUGGCAGCUCCCCAUGCUUGAGCUCUGAAAAUGUUGUGAAAAGAAAACGCUCUUUUCCCAAUGAUUUGCGUCGAAAUCGGAAGUGCUAACUGUGCGGGCGAGAUAGUGAUAAUGCCGAUCGAGUGAGGACAAGACACUAAACGGGCGGAGCGACUGCGCUGCGAUCGCCCCGCUUCAGCAAUUGUGUGUGUGUAUCAUGGACAAGCUACGAAACAACAACAAGGAGAAUGCACCCAUUGAGUACCCCUACCCACAGACCCCCCGUCCCGCCCACGCCUCCUCCUUCGACACUACCCCACUGGAAGCUGGCGAGGAUGCGGAGAGCAACAAGAGCACACCCUACUUCACGCCCCUCGAGUACCUGCAGACGUCCUUCGAGUUCCCCUCGCCCACGGUGGAGGUUGUGGGCGGGGUUCCUGGCAUUCCCGAGCACGAGGAUCAGGAUGAGGAGGUCUUCACCCCCCGACAGUUCACCAUUGCCAGCCCCCAUCCAGCACCCCACCACGUCCACCAUCCAUCCAGCUCGCAGUCACCCACAUUAGGUCGAAAGUUCAAGAGGUUAUCGCAGUACGACCGCCGAUCCUGCUCGCCGCACAUUACAACCUCCACUGGCGACGAGCGGGUUAGUGGCCGUGGCAUCGACAAGGAAAACACCAUACCUAAGGGUGGAUCGGUCGAUCAAGACCUGGAGAACAGCUUGUACUUGUCGAAGAGCGAGCACAACUCACCCACCAUCCUGUUUAAGGAUGAGUCCUCGACGACGCCGGGACUGGAGGCCAGUCGCCUGAGUUACUCCCCAAAACUGUUGUCCUCUAUAAACAACCUAAACGUGUCGGGUUCGCCCCUUAACAUUAUCAACUCGGCUGGCUACAAGAAUGGCAACUUCUUUCGCUUCCCGGAGAUCGAUCAUGUCGUGCAGGAUGCGCCCAAGGAUACAGGCAAUUCGGAGGAAGCUACACGCCGGGAUCGUAGUCCUGCGUUGGCCGAGCCGCCGGAACAGCAGCAACAAAAAUCGGAGGGCCGAAAGAAUCGAAAGAAUAAAAAUAAUCUUACCAUUCGCAUUACGGACGUGCCCAUAAAAAACUCAAGCCAGCCAUCACCGUUGCCCAAACCGAAAACACCGACCAUCAAGAGCACCAAGGAGAAGGCACGCUCACUGGAUUCGGCUGCCAACGAAUCAGAACUGUCAAUCGUGGUGCACAACAUAACCGAAUCUCAUGGCAGCUGCGAUGACAUGGAGACGGGGCAGAGCAAGCCAUCGACAAGUGUCAUCCACCAUCACCAUCUUCAACAGCCCGCUUCCGCCAUCCACUCAACAUCGCUUUCGCGAUUGGAUAGUCACCUUAGCUUGGCCAAUCAGAGGCGAACGCCGCGCAGAAAGUCACCAGGAAUCAACACCACUGACUGGCUUAUGUACCACCGCAAGCAGAACCCAUAUCAGGUGCAACCGACGCACUGCAGCUCCACGACCCAAAGCUCCUUGGACUCGGACGCAAGCCUAACCCCCAGCCUUGGGGACUUUGAACUGAAGUCCGCCUGCAGCGUGGACGGCGGCUCCAAGUUUGGAAUAGGCGCAAGCCUAGCGCCGAGAAGCGCCCACAAGCACAAUCAGUUACUGCACUCGUCCAGCACAAAUUUAAAAACGCUUCCCGAGUGCCUUACCCUGGUGGAGUUCUCCUCCUCUGGCGGUGGUGCUAAGGAAUCGCCUUUCAAGCAGAAGUCUAUGGAUCUGCCGAUGCCGACACUCCAGGCAAAGACCACAGUGUCCACAUCAUCGAUGAAUCUUCUCCAGCGUCGGGGAUCCAAUCACAGUUUAACGCUCAACCUGCACAGCUCCUGUGGCAACCUGAUGAACAGUGGACUAAGUCAUUCCAACUACAGUCUGGGCUCAAUACUCAACUCCAAGUCCAGUUGCAAUUUGGAUGCAGGAACCGCCAGCCAAAUUCGCACGGAUCAAUUGCCACAGUCACAUCUGCUGGCUAGCAGCCAGGGUAGUCGGCAAGGGUUGUUCAGAAGACGUGGAUCAAACCACAGCAUCACCCUAAAGACAGGGCACACUACAACAUCUUGUGGAGAUUUAAAUUCUAUGCAGCAGAUCCAACAGCAGCAGGCAAUGCUAAGCGCGGAAAAGUACAACCGACUUAAUAUGCGAACCAAUUCCACCGGCUCGGGAUCAGGCUCUGGAUCCAAUGUACCUACUCCAAAACGAGGACUUUUAGAACGCCGUGGCUCCAAUCAAAGCCUCACUCUAAACAUGGGCAGCAUACUGGGUGGAGCAGCAAGUACCGAGAUUCAGAUAACGGACAUUGGGCAACCGAAAGUCACCGUUUGCAGUUGUGCUGCCGCCAACCAAGCUCCGCAUCAACGGAAAUUCUUUAGCACCGAGAACCUUAACAGCAGCAAAGCCAAUAGCCAAAAGUUCUUUGGACAGGUGUGCUUUGGUUCCGCCUCGGAUUUGCAGCCAAAUCCUCAGCAGGAUUCGGUGGGUGAGGAUCAGGCCAUUAUCGCCACUUGCACUUGUGCUGGGACCGUGCGCAACAUUAUGACCCGUCCUCUGUCGCCGCAAACGACCAGCGAGGAGUUUAAGAUCUACUUAGCCAGCAUACAGAUGCUGCAGAGCGCCUCCAAUCCGCUUAAUCAGUUUGAUCUUAUUCGGCUGAACUACGUGUUCGAUCACAGUUACCAGACGAAUAGGAACAUCAUAGAGCAACCGCCGGUGCUGGGCUCUAACGCACGGGAUGUGGAGACGCCCACUGAUCUGGUGGCCCCCAGCUCGGAGGACAGUGAACUUCUCGCGUCCUACCAGACAGUGGUCAAUAGGAUCGCGCAACCAAUACCGGAAUUGAAGGAAACCGAACAGAAGAGAAUCUUUCGUGAUCUGCACAAGGAGUUCUGGGACCUGCCGCUCAAUCACCAAGAGAAGCCUAUGGUCUUCGGCUCGCAGACAAAAAAUCGCUACAAGACUAUCUUGCCCAACGAGAACUCUCGCGUGCUGCUCGAAUCCGAGUCCAGCGAGCUGACUCGCUUGCUGGGGGAAGUCAAACGAACCAGUUCCGUGACCGCCAGCGAGGACUUGCCCUACAUCAAUGCCAAUUACAUCAAGGGACCCGACUACGUGUCGAAGUGCUAUGUGGCCACGCAGGGUCCGCUGCCCAAUACGAUCUUCGAGUUCUGGCUAAUGAUCUACCAAAACACGCAGCGCUACAUACGUCGCUGCGUGGAUGGAGGAAGCAGCAGCAGUCCUCACGUUGACAGGGAGCAAAUCCUGCAGCAGUACUUUCAGAAGAUUGUCAUGCUCACAAACUUCACGGAGGCGAACAGGCAGAAGUGUGCCGUAUACUUUCCCAUCGAACUGAAUGAGAUCUUUGCGGUGGCCGCCAAGUGUGAGGUGUUUCAGCUGAGUGCGGUUGCCCGGGAUUACUUCGAUCGGUAUUUAACGCCCACCUUUGUGCCGGACACUGUGGUGGCUUCCUCGGAUGCGAUCGACUAUGAGUUAGGUGGCCGGCACAUAGGCGUGGAGUCGGUGAAGGUGACGCUGGAAGGGGAUCUGCUGGAGGCUUUGCCCGCCCAGGGAAGCUUCUUCCUUAUUAAAAACGUGGGCAUUGUGCGAAGGAAUGGUUACUCGGUGAGGAAGCUGGUGCUGCUCUAUUGCAUACGUGUGCCACAAAGUGCUAGCUACCACCUGCAAAAGAUCUACUGCUACCACUAUUGGUACCCUGACUGGCCAGAUCAUCACUCGCCUCGGGACAUCAACACGCUGCUGGACACCUGCUUGCAUGUACUCAAUCUUGGAAAGUGUGAGUCGGAGUUUGACAUCUACGAUGACAGCAGAAGCGAGAGGAAUGCCCAUCUGGCGGCUCAGCGCCUAGAGAUCUACCAGCAGGACAUCUUCAAUGCAGUGCAGCCCCUCCCCGUUAUCCACUGCUCGGCUGGGAUCGGGCGCACUGGUUGCUUUACGGCCAUCCUCAAUGCAGUGCGCCAGUUGCGGCAAUCGUUGGCUUACUCGCUAACUGGAAUGCUCACAAAAUCGCUGACAAGCAGUACGGCAGAAGAUUACCAUAACCCAACGGACAGCGAUAGCAGCUUUACUUGCAACACUAUUCGGCACAUCAGCCACAUUCUGGAUCAUCGGGAGACGGAGGCAGUUACGACGCCCCCCUCAUUCGACCGUCUGCCUAAGAUGCCGGACAUUUUCGUGGACGUCCUGGGCAUCGUUUGCAAUCUUCGCCUGCAGCGGGGCGGUAUGGUCCAGAACUCGGAGCAGUAUGAGCUAAUACACCGGGCCAUUUGCCUCUAUCUGAAGCGCACACUCGCGUUGAGGCGAUUUUAAAAGAGCGAAAAACCAAGAUCAACAACUUUUUGACGACGAAAGGAUGGAGAUGAAGAACAAAACACCAAUUUACUAUUUGUAAUCACAAUUUUUGUGGCCCUUAUUUUAAUGAAAGCAACUGCUACGGACAAGCAACAAGUAAACCAAGAAACCAUGGCUAAAAGAGUCUCGAAAAUGAAAUAUGGAUGGCAUUCUCCGAAGAGGACGAAAUGACGGAAUGUUUUCAAUGUUUGCUAAAUAUUACUAUUACCACAUAUUCUACAUAUAUAUAAAUGUUUAUUAAGUGUUGGAUGUAUGUGUGUUAAAUGUGUACAUAAGUGUAAAUGUUUCCGACUUUUGGUGUGAACUAUGCUUAAACUAAAGUUAAUUAACAAUUAUUAUACCCUACCUUAACUUACCAUAAAAAUGCGCAUCUAUACAAAACUCGAGACGUUCGUCGGCGUCCCUCGGUGAGUUUGGGUUUGGGUACGGAGAAAGCUCAAACCUUUUUCAAGUUGGACCCUUCCCAGGGUCCUUCUGACUAAAACACCAAUUUCUCCAAUCCCGAGCUGACAGCUCGACCGCCGGACGUUGACCAGAAUACGGACAAGAGUUCAUUUAAAACACAAGAUAAAAAUUCGAUAAGUAAAAUGGAAACCCAUAAAUGAACUUGUAUUUACGUUUAUGCAAUGGAACUAGUCAAAUAAAAAUUAGAAACAUUUUAAAUGUAA